GGGUACUUUAAGUAUUCAUUUUUAUUCUAUGGAUACUACAACAAUGAGCCAGUGAUUGGGUUCCUGCGGUACAGACUCCCUCUGGCAUACCUGCUUGUGGCUGUCAGCAUCUUUGGAUACAGCCUGAUGGUUGUCAUUAGAGUGAUGGCACGUAAUGCAAAUGAGGAAGGAGAUGGGGCGAGUGAGGACGAGUUCAUCUUCUGCUGGAAGAUGUUCACCAGCUGGGACUACCUGAUAGGAAACCCUGAGACUGCAGAUAAUAAAUUUGCCUCCAUUACCACCAGCUUCAAGGAAUCCAUUGUAGAUGAAGAGGAGAACCAGAAAGAUGAGAACAUCCAUCUCAGACGGUUCCUCAGGAUUGUUGCAAAUGUUCUAAUUCUGUGCUGCCUUGGAGGGAGUGGAUAUCUCAUCUAUUUUGUGAUGAAACGUUCUCAGGAUGAACCUGCGCUCACAUGGUUCGAUAACAAUCAGGUGGAUUUUGUGAUGAAUCUGCUGGGGCUGGUGGUUCCUCCAUUGUUUGAACAAAUAGCGGAGUUGGAAGAUUAUCACCCCCGUAUUGCCCUCAGGUGGCAGCUGAUGCGCAUCUUCGCCCUCUUCCUGGGAAACCUUUACACAUUCCUCUUUGCACAGAUUGAUUCAGUUAAUAGCAAGGUGUGUCUGGUGCGCAUCUUCGCCCUCUUCAUGGGAAACCUUUACACAAUCCUCUUUGCACAGAUUG